AUGGUUGCUGAUUUACAUGACAAUAUUCAAAAAUUAUCAGAAAAGGCAGCCCCAAGUGAAAAAUACAAUGUAGUCUUUGUUCUUGGGCCUCCUGGAAGUGGAAAAGGGACACAAUGUCAGCGAAUUGAAGAGACUUACGGCUAUGUCCAUUUGAGUGCCGGUGAUUUACUACGUGAAGAACGUCAAAGGAAGGGUUCAGAAUAUGGAGAAUUAAUUGAGCAACAUAUUCGUGAAGGGAUAAUUGUUCCUGUUGAAAUAACUUGCAAAUUAAUUGAAAAUGCAAUGUUGGCACGUUCUGUUUCAGCAAACGGGUUUUUAAUUGAUGGAUUUCCACGGAAUCAAGACAAUUUGGAUGGUUGGGAUAAACAAAUGGCCGAUAAAGCUGCUGUCCUUUUUGUUUUGGUAUUACAAGCACCUAUUGAAGUUUGUGUUGAGCGUUGUAUGAAUAGAGGUCAAAAUCGUUCUGAUGAUAAUGAGGAAUCAAUGCGCAAACGUAUUGUAGUAUAUAACGAACAAACAUUACCAAUUAUCAACCAUUUUCGUGCAUUAAAUCUUGUAGAAGAAGUUGAUGGAAGUCGAACUCCGCCAGAAGUGUCAGCAGAUGUCCACAGAGCUUUUCAAAGUUUUGGAAUUGCAGAACGUACAACUUCAGAUUUAUCAAAUUGCUCAUCGAAGGAAUGUUAA